AUGGAUACUCGUGCAUUCAAUCCGCCAGUUGAACCAGGCGUACGAGCUGACAGGGGUAUCGGCCCCUUUUCCCUCGGUCUCGGAGAGGAGGUACCUACUCCGAAACAUCUGAGGACCCCGCGUAUAAGUACGGGGCGACAGAACCGCUAUACCUCACCAAUUCAGCUUUCAACCACUCAUCCCAUCUUCUACCCUUCAACCUUCCUCGAUCUUCUCCAACACUUUUCGUUCAUAUCAAUCAUGUUCUCUUCUACUCGCCUUUACACCUUCGUUUGCAUUGCCCUCGGCGUUGCAACUCACGCUGCUCCCACUACCAGCGUCGAGAGUCGUUCGCCGGACACCUACGACCUCAGCGGUGGUGUCGUGGGACUUCUCCUUGGCCUUGAAGGCGAAGGAUACGGCGGAAACAGUGACGAGGAUACCUAUAUCCUCAAGCGCGACCUAUACGAUCUCACUGGCGGUAUCGGCGCUCUGUUCCUCGGUGCCGACGGCUUCGAUGGAGAGGGCGGCGAGGCAUCCGACGAGUACAUCCUCAAGCGCCAACUCGCUCAGAUUGGCCCUGUCAAUGUCGGAGGCGGUCUGCUCACCAACUUGGGCAUCCAGCAAGCCACCCACACUGGCGGAGUUGCUAUCCCUGGAAGCAGCGUCGACACCGAUACCGUCCUGAACACGCGCGACCUCUAUGACACCACGGGCGGUAUCGGCGCGCUCCUGUUCGGCUUUCCUGAGGGAUAUGCUGGUGAGGGCGACGAAGACACGUACAUUCUCAAGCGUCAGGUUCCCGUCAGCACCGACGCCAUCUCGCGCUUAGGCUCAAACAUGGGCCUCCAACACGCCGUCCCGCUCGCUGAGGCUGGCCUCAGUCUCGGUGGCGCCAUCAACGGAGUUUCCCAGCGUGAUCUCUACGAUACAACCGGCGGCAUCGGUGCGCUGAUCUUCGGAGUGGAGGGCUAUGGCGGAGAGGCCGGCGAAGAUGAAUACAUCCUUAAGCGCGACGUCUCCGAGGUUGAGGCACGCUCUCCUGACCUUUACGACCUUACCGGUGGGAUCGGCGCUUUGAUCUUUGGGGCCGAGGGCGAGGGAUACGGUGGGGGUAGCGACGAGGACGCAUACAUCCUGAAGCGCCAGCUUGAGCGUUUGGGACUGGGUGGUCUCGCCGGCGGCGCUGGGUCCCUACCCGUCGGAACGGGCGCGGCUACCUCCGGCGUCGACCCUUCCGUGGCAACCGACAUCCUCCCCAACCUCAACACCAACGCCGACUUGGCGUCGAGCUUGGGUCUUGGUAUCUGA